AUGGCAGACGAUCGACAAACAGAAGCUUUCGUCAAAUGUGCCUAUGGACUUAUCAGCAGCAUGAUACUGGGUUUGUGUCUCCUAUGUCUUGGUCCGUCCAAACCCAAAAUUUCUAUCGGGAGAUUAUAUGUUCCUGAUCUGGAUGUAACCUCAUAUAAUAUCGGAACCAUCAACACCAAUACUGUAUCGUUCCGUAUGACAUUUUGGAACACUAUGUUACUCAAAGAGGUUUAUUGUGAUGCUGUUAACGUGACGUUUUAUUACGGUAAGAACUUAAGUUUACCAAUUGCAUCUACUUCUAUACCUGAAUUCCCGAUCAAGACAAAAUCUGUUUUCUGUGAUGGUGAGAUAAUUGAAACUUUUGAUGUGCCUUGGGAGGAUGCUAGACUGGUUGUUUCGAGUGGAAGUACAGCUAUGUUUCGAGUUAACUUAGUUACAAAUAUCAGGUAUACUUCUUCUCUUGCAGCUAUAGCUGAUGUUAUUUCGGGAUUUCUUCCUUAUACAAGAAGAUACGGGAUGAGAGUAGGAGCUUUUAUAGACGUAAAUGAUCAUGGAAAAUCUCCGGAGAAACUUAAUUGGCUAUCAUCUAAGGCUUCUCCGUUGCACGUCACCGACUGGGUUCCCAUGAUUAUUGGUGCAUUAGUCGUUCUUGUUUUACCUAUUUCUCUUUAA